UUUUUUCACAAGCCAACUAUUAUUUUAACUCACUUUUUCUCUGUUCUUCAACUUCAUUUGUUAAAACAAUUUUCUCUCUGUUUUGUUUUCUUGUGCGAGGCGUCGAAGUUUCUGUCGUUGAAACUUUUCCUUUUUGUAUUCCAUUCAAGGCCUGUACGGAAGAAACUUAGUGAAUGGCUUUGAAUUUUGUUAUGUUCCUUUAGAUUCUGCGAGUAAGAAGUUCCCGUUAGAAGAGAAGCUGAAGAGGAGAUCUUGAUGGCUUUUGUAGCUAUGGCUGUCCAAAAGGAUGAAUGUGGAGAUACUCGUUCAAACUUGGUGCUUCGGGCUGUUAAUGGAUUUGCAUCAAGUUCGGAUCUUCAAAUGAAGGGUCAAUUUUCUUGUGGGAAUGAUUACGCUCCUAAGGCGAGGAAACCAUACACAAUUACCAAACAAAGAGAAAGGUGGACCGAAGAAGAGCAUAAGAAAUUUCUUGAAGCUUUGAAGUUGUAUGGUCGGGCUUGGCGGAAGAUAGAAGAACAUGUUGGCACAAAGACUGCAGUUCAGAUUCGAAGUCAUGCUCAGAAAUUCUUUUCUAAGGUUGUUCGUGAAUCAAGUAGCAGCAACACAAGCCCAUUGGAACCCGUUGAAAUUCCCCCUCCUCGACCAAAACGAAAACCUGUGCAUCCUUACCCUCGUAAAUUGUCUAACACACUUGUUAAAGAAAGCACAAAUCCAGUGCUGCCUAGAAGGUCUACAUCUCUAAACUUAUCAGUUUCAGAACAAGAAAACCAAUCUCCAACAUCAGUAUUAUCUGCAGUUGGUUCAGACACUUUUGCAUUCUCCGAUUCAAUUACACCUAAUGGCAGCUCAUCACCAGUUUCAUCUGCUGACCACCCAAAUUCUUCAACUGAAGAAAAUGGAACUCUACCUGUCCUAACUGGUGGUUCAGUUCCGGAUAUGCAGUCACCCAUGGAUGCCACGAAACUGGGGUUGUUUCCCCAAGAAUUUGCUAAAGAAGUUUCUGCUGAUGAAGCAUCUACCGUGAGCCUUAAGCUGUUUGGUAGAACUGUAUUAGUCCCCAAAUCCCAUAGACCAAGCUCUCCCAUUGCAGGGACUCCUGAAUCAUUGCCUUCAGACAUGGAUGAAGGAAGACCUUUGCAGUUAUUGCCGUUAUCAUCUGGGAAUGCUAAAUAUGCGUGGAGUCACCAUUCAGAUGCAGCAACUGGAUCUUUCUGUUACAUGCAAAGCCCAGAUGGAAACUUACAUCAGGUGGAGGCUUCAGCUGCUCCUCUGCAAUUGUGGACUUUAUAUGGGAGUUUACCCUUUCCAAUCUCUCCAUACCACAAGCAGGAGACAGUGACUAUGCAUUUAGAUUCUAAAUGGCAAGAAAUCCAGGAUAAAGAAUUUCAGAAGGAAGGAUCUUGGACUGGUUCAAACUCAAAGUCAGUAAACAAGGAAGACAACUUUGAUAAAAAUUCAGACAGCGAAACUCAGAGUAUCCAAUUUUCUUUUGACAAGGAGGAAAAGGAGCCAAAUGUAAUAUUUGAGCUUAAACCAAGUGAGAAAUCAGCAUUCUCUGUAAUAAAGGCAAGCCCUGACAAGAGUAUGAAAGGGUUUGUGCCAUAUAAGAAACGUGUAGCAGUAAGAGAAGCUCCACCAUCAACAAUAACAGGUGACGAGAGGGUCAAGCAAAGAAUCCGCCUUAGUCUUCAGUAAUGGCUGCACUGAUUAUAGUUUCUUAGUCGCAGAUAGGUGUUUCUUAACCGGUUGAAGAACUGAAUCAGGUGCAGUUAAUGACUGGAUAGCAGGUUUGGCUGCUUGACAAAUAUCCAUAAAGCAGCUCUGCUUCGUUGCAACUCACAUCUACAUCUAGUUACUUUUCACCAGCACUGUUGAAUUCCAUAAUCUGCCUUCCCUUGAAUGUCACAUAUAUUCCUUUAAGUAGCACUUUUAUUCCUUCAAAUUCUUUUUCUUCUUUAAACUGUGAAUUCCUGGGCCACUAGUUUUGCCAUAUCCUUUGUAUAAUAUCCACUACUAGUUUCUUAUUAUUGAUGUGAAUGUAUUAUAGUAAUAAUAAUAAUAAUAAUAAUGAUGAUGAUGAUGAUGUUGGAAUAAAGUGUUUGAGCUCCAGGCUGCUCAUUCUUUU